GCGUGGUUUGGCGUGCCGUGCAGAGUCAGUACUCUACAACGGCGGAGUUGAGCGGCUGUCCCGCGCACGGGAGCAAGGCUACGCAGCGCUCGCACACCCCUGCCGCUUCUGUUUGCUCGCUUGUUCUCUCGCUAUCGUGGUGGUGUCCCCUGUGGGUGUGUGCUCGUGUAUCUCAGAAGAUCGGCUCGAGGGGUGCCGCUCCCGCGCGAUGUCUGCGGGCAGUGUGGGGGCAGAGUGGGAGACAUGACGAGCCACGCAGCCGCACAGGCAGCGAGGCCUGAGCGCUAGCGUGGUGUCGAUGAUGCUGGAAGGGGGCAGCGCGCAGGAGGCCCAGCUCGCUGAAUCGGCGGGGUCGGCAGUACUGUGUGGGAGCGGGGCAGGAGCCGGGACUGCUGUAGGGGGGGAAGGGGGGGGGGGAGGCGGAGCGAAUUCCAUAGACACUCAGCGGAACACGACCAGUCCGCGAGACACGGUGGUGGUUGUGGGUUCGAGCCUCCCCCCCCCGGCUCGGGUGGGACAGUCUCAUCCCACCGAGCCUUCACGAUUCUCCCUCCCUCUCCCUCUCCCUCUUCCUCACCCUCACCCUCACCCUCACCCUCACCAUCUUCCUCCAUCUCUCCCUUCUCCCCAUCCUCUCCCUGAUUCUGCUAUUGAUCUCUCCAACGGCACCAAACAUUCCUCUUUCAGCAGCUCCAACAAGUCUCCCUCUUCUUUUCCCUCUCCCUCCCCCUCCCCCUCCCCUACUCUCACCACAUCUACCAUCUCCCACACCUUUAGCAUUGGCUGUCCUGCUUCCUCGCCUGUUGCCGCUUCUGCUGGCACUCAUACCCUCGUCAGCAUUGACCGUCCUCAUUACUCCACGUCGGACAUGAUCCAUUUCGAUGGCAUGCAGGUAGGGUUUCCGUCUUCAGGGGCCGUGCGGGGCGGAACUGGCAACAGCAGCGCAGCGUGGACGUCUAGGAGACUCGCCGACAUAGCCGCAAAGGAGAGAGACGUGCGAGGCGUCGACCAUUCUCAGGAUCCAGACAUGCCCGGUGCAUCUCUCUGUGCUCUCUCGCCGACAGAUAGCAGCAAUAAGAUCAUUCAGGAAAUGCAGGCACUGAAGGGCGAGGUCAGAGCACAGCGAGAGGAGACAUUGGCACUACGGCUGCAGAUCAAGGAGCUAUGUGACUUGAUGAGAUCUCCCCGCUUUGUCCAUAGCUCGCUUAGCAUGGCUGCAGGAAACCCUCAUGGAGCGGUAGGAGGUGCGCAGGCUGGAUAUGGCCCUGCAAUCACAGCCGCAGCGGUGGCUGCGCCGGCUAAUAUGCUGUCGUCUGUCACAGUUGCUAGCUCUGCAGUGGCAGCUCCGCCGGGUGGGAUUGCGGGACCUGGUAAAGUGGUCCCUUCACAUCCACACCAACAGCAACAGCAGCAGCAACAGCAGCAGGCGGGGAUGCUUGCAAUCAGUCCAUCCGUUGUUGCUGCAGCGAUGUCCUCGGCGUCGGGGUCAGGGGCGGGAGCUCCAGUCAUGCAGGUGGCAGCAGGGUCGCCAAUUGGCGCAGCACUUCAUGGUGGGAUGAAUGCGGCAUGCGGGGGAAGGAAUGGACCUUCAGCAGGACCACAGCACCAGUCUGCACUCUGUGCCGUGUCUCAGCCAGCUACACAUCAGCAGCAGCACCACCACCACCCGCAUCAUCAACAGGCACAGGUUUUACCCUCUCAACAUCAGCAACCGCCGCAGCAGGGUCAGAUGAUGGUCAUGAAUGGAAAUCGGCAUCAACAAGGAAUCACUCCAGUGUACCAGAUGGUCCGGACACUGAAGACGGUCUCGGAGGUCUGGAGGGAAUACAAGGUUGGUUUGCAGGCCAACAAGCCAGCGGUGGAGAUGCUGGAACUGAGGCAGAAGAAUGAGGAGGGGUUUAAGUGGAGGGACAGGAAGGAGAGCAAAUGGUUCUCCCGACAGAUGAGGAUCAUUCGGGCGAUCGAGGGGAAAGCGAAGGAGCUUGGGGACUUUGAGAAGUCGGUCACCUUCUGGCAAGACAUCGUAGAUCAGGAGUUCAAGGGAAACUUGGGAGAGUUUAGGGAGGCGUUGGCAGACCAAAGGCAUCAAAGCUACAAGAAAAGGCGGCAAGAUGGAGAGGAAGGUACGUCAACACUUGACGGUGUGGAUGAUGAUGAUGGGGAUGCUCUGGACGAGCAGUCCUUGCAGCAGUCUGAGAGACAAAGGAAGAGGAAGAUGAAAUUGCAGUAUGCUUUGCAGAAGCGACAGCAUUAUAGUGGGACAUGAUGAUGGCUGAACUCUUUUUUCCUGUUCCCCUACCUCUGCCCAAUCUGUUCUUUGUAAUCCAAAUGUCUGCACUGUAGUGUUACCUUUGUGGCAUUGACACAAACCUGUUUGUUAUUGCUGCCUGCCGUGACCACACGCCCAUUUCUGAACUCAGUAGCAUGAUAGAAAAUGCUCCAAGCGGGAUUGUUCUUUUCAGCCAUGUCGUGUAGAAUGGAAGGGUGGGGUCAGUCAUGGUCCUCACCAAUUUCUCCCUCCGAGACUCCUGUCUCUUCCAAAGAGUUUCAUGAUUUUGGCCACCCAUGCUUUCCUGGCCCCGGCGACAUUGUGGCUAUGCACAUUCAUAGAGGGCAUAGUGGGCUGGAUAUACACUAUGCUGAAAGUGGGGCCUCAAGGGUGUCCUUGCGCUAUAGGCGGAAGGUGUAUAAUGAGUACACAUGAUUAGUUUGUCUACAAUUCUUCUUGUCCAUGAGGUAAGUCAGGAGAAUUCAGUUUAACUCAGGCCCGUUAUGUAGGAUUUAGACUGGCUGAGGCACAUCCCUCCUCCUUUAGGUCUAGGACAGGGGGUUGUGAGCUUGCCGUCUCCUGCAUCUGGAACAGAC